CCCCCGCCCGGAGCCGCCGCGCCGAUGCCACGUGGGAGGCGGCGGAGCCGCCGUAGGCGCCGGGCCGGAACCGCGGCCCCCCUGACGCUGGGGACGGCCCUCGCCGGGCGCCGGGAGGAGGGGAGGUCGCGGAGCCCCCGGGACCGCGCCGGCAUCGCCGAGACCCGAUGGGUGCUCGGCGCGGUGGCGCCCGGCUCGCGGCUCGGCCUCCCGGGCCUAGAGGCGCUGGCGGCGGCGGCCGGGCCUAGGGGCGGCUCCCCGCCCUGGGCCGCGCCCUCGCUGCUCCAGGUGCCGGUGGCGGCGCAGCCGGCCCCGCGGCGGGAGGGCAGCGACCUGCCCGGCGGCGCGCCGGCCGCCCUGGCCGUGCUGCGCCUCCAGCACGGCGCUGAGGGCUCGGCGCGGGCGGCGGCGGCGGCGGCGGCGGCGGGGGCCGGGGCCGCGCCGCGCCUGCGGACCGUCUACGUGAACCCGCGCUGGCUGGAGCGGCAGGCCGCGCUGGGGGCGGCGGCGGCGGCGGCGGCGGCGUUGGCGGCCAGCCCCUGCGCCGAGGCGGCGGCGGCGGCGGCGAGCGGCGCGGCCGGGGGCCCGGCGGCCGCAGCGGCGGGGCAGGGCGAGGCGGCGGCGGCGGCGGCGGAGGCGGCGGCCACCCCCUACGUGGGGCUGCGGCGGCCGCUGGGCUACCAGCUGGCCAAGGCCACCAAGGAGCGGAUCUGGCGGGGGGAGUUCAUUGACCUCUUUUCCUUGCUCCACACAGAGCUGGCCCCCGAGCACGGCCCGCGCCCGGGGGACACGCUGGACCAGUGGGUCUCGGCCUUCCUGGUGUACGCCAGCGUGCUGUGCGAGAAGCACCCGGCGCGCUGCGGGGCCAUGUUCAAGUACCUGGACACCAUCCGCAAGCUACACGCCACCUACGGGGGCACCUCCUGGAUGAAUUACGACGAGGACUUUCGGCGGCGGGCGGCCAAGGACCCCACCCUGCCCUGGGGCGACGUGGACCUCGACCUCUGGAUGAAGUGGAUGGCGCCCCUCAAGUCGCUCGUCAGCCGGCAGCCGCGUGCCGAGGGCGAGGCGCAGGCCCCGCCGGCCCCGCCGCCGGCCCAGAGCCCCGAGCGGGAGGAGAAAAUCCAGACUCCAUGAAAACAGAAGGCCAGUUGGGAUGGCAGUCAGACUAAGUGGCCUGACUCCGUUGGUGUUUAAGUGGAGCUCUGGUAUUCUAGUGCAUUCUUUUACCUCUGCUUCUGUUGCGUUGCAAGCUGUGCUAGAGAAGACAUAGGAAAUUCAUUUUACCCAAUCAGCAAUUGUAACAAUGGACUACAAACCUGCAGAGCAAGCCAGUUUGCUGGAAAACAGGAAUUCCUGCAGCGCAGCACUUGUCACAGACUAUCCAAAGAGGGCAAAGAUUCAGGAAGGUGAAUAAAUUGAACAUUGGUUGAAUGAGGUCAGGAACAGUCUCCCGGAGGAGAACCCUGCCCUAAAAUACUACUUUGAAAGUAUAAGCCAAUUUAAUGUGCAGAUUAAUCCUUCUCAUUUGAGCAAACUUGUGUGCAAUCCUGGAUCUUUGCAGAUCACAACCGGACACUUCAAAAAGCUAUGUACUAUAUUUGUUUUAAAAAAAAAAAUAAAUCAUAACUUGUCUUGUUACAGAUGUUACUUUUACCAUUUCAUUGAGAAUCUCUGCAACAUAAAUGUAUAUUUGACUUGAAACAGUAUCAUACACUCGGUAUAAUAACUCAGGUUGUCAACAGAAUUAUUCUGUGAGGCUCAGUAUCACCUUUCCAUUCUUCUCUGAAAAAUGCAUUAACCAUUGGUGUCAGUGCCAGAAAUCAGUUAUAUCCCAACUGUGCAUUACAAAACUCUUGAUGAAAUAUAAUUGACCUAAAUUAUUAUUCUGGUUUUAUCCUCGUAGAAUACUAAAGGUCCUGAGCAUCAGACUAGACCUUUGUAGUCUGGCGUUCAGGAAAAUCAUGUUCACUGAAUUACAGUUUAACCAUUUUACAUCUCAGUGUUUUGUUUUCUUUUCCUUUUCCCUUGCAUACUAGGGAGUAUGAUCAAGGUAAUACUAUGAUCCAGUAACGCGCAUGAUGGUAAGGGUAUGCCUUUAGUUGUUUCAGGAAAAAGCUGCCACUAUCUGCUCUCCUUUACCUUUCUUGAUAGUUUCAAUAAUAUGCAUAACAUGAAGUGUUUGUAAAUUGAUAUUAAACUGUUUGUGACUUCACCUAAAUAAAUUUUUAUAUAUAAA